AUGAUCUACUUUAAGAACGUCCUCCUUCUUUUCGCCAUGUUUGGCCUCUUUAUCCUGAACGGACUGGCUGAAUCUAUCACACUCCCUGCUGACAUUGCAAGUGUUGAUACUGCUGUCAGUGAUGCUGUUGCUAGAAUCGUUACCGCUGCAGCUCCUGUCAUUACUGCUAAUGACAACGUCAAGAACUUUGAUGACUUUGAUGAUGUUGAUGGCAUGGGCGACAUUGGCUACAUCGACAUUGACAACAUCGAUGACAUUGACAACGGAGUCUCCAAUACUAUGACUGACGUCGAAGCCGAGUUGAAUGCAAGUUUCACACAGCCAUCUAGAUUUCCAAGCUGA